AUGUUGAAUCACUUAUCUGAAGAAGACGAAGACUUGGAAGCACCUGCUUCACUUAUACUAGAACGGCCAAAAAACGAUAGACCAACGCUGUUAUCAACUAGAGACCAUGUAUCAAUAGAGGAUAGGACAAUGUGGAGAUGGGCUAAUGUCGAGAAUAUGGACUAUUUCUUUCAAAGAGUAUAUGACUAUUAUCAAGGCAAAGGAAUUUAUUGUAUUUUACUAGCAAGAUUACUCAACCUAUUAACACUCUCCUUCAUGAUUGUAUUUUCUACCUUUCUCGUUGGCUGCGUCAAUUACUCAGAGAUACCCACAAGUCAUUCACUUGAUCAAGUGAUUGUCCCUCAAUGCUUAUCCAAGCUAUCUACAACCAAGUUUUUAUAUUUAAUCAUGUUUGUCCUAUGGUGGCUGUGGCAAGCGAUCCGAUUUGUUACAGAUAUACCUGCGCUCAAAGAGAUGUACAAUUUCUAUACCAUUCUGUUAAACAUACCUGAUGCAAGUAUAAAGAACUUAAGUACGGGAUUAGUACUCGAUCGAAUCAUUGAUAUCAGAGAGACCAAUCCUAAUACGUCAGAGCAAUCACCCAUACGGUUGACAGAACAUGAUGUGGCUAGUAGGAUUAUGAGAAAAGAAAAUUAUUUGAUUGCCCUCUUCAACAAGGAUAUAUUCAACCUGACGAUUCCUUUACCUUACUUAAGGCAUCGACAGCUAUUCACAAAGGACAUUCAAUGGAAUUUAUCUUUUUGUUUACUUGAUUUCGUAUUUGAUCAACGAGGACAAAUUAGAAAGAGAUUUCUAAAAGAAAAGAACAAGCAGAUACUAGUGGCAGGGCUUAAACGAAGAUUCAUCUUUAUGGGAUUACUGAACUGUGUUUUAGCACCAUUCAUAUUUAUCUAUUUAUUUCUCUUUUUCUUUUUUAAAUAUUUUGAGGAAUAUCACAAGGAUCCAAGUCGAAUUGGGUCAAGAACUUAUUCUCCCUUUGCCAAAUGGAAGUUUCGAGAGUUUAAUGAAUUACCUCAUCUGUUUGAUAAACGAAUCAAUCAAAGUUACGAAUACGCCAACCUGUAUGUCAAUCAGUUCCCCAAGGAAAAGACGAUCCUUUUUGCGAGGUUUGCGUCAUUUAUUGCUGGCUCAUUUGCUGGCGUGUUGGCUCUUUUUAGUUUAUUUGACUCUGAAGCGCUACUUAAUUUUGAAAUUACGCCCAACGGUACCGUCUUGUUUUACCUUGGCGUCACAGGUACGAUCUUUGCUGUCACACGUGGCAUGAUUCCGGAUGAGAAACAAGUUUUUGACCCGGAAACGACACUGAAGCAAGUGAUUGAAUAUACACACUAUUUACCAUCUAAAUGGAAGCAUAAGCUGCACACGGAUCAGGUGCGGGCUGAUUUCUGUCUUUUGUUUGAUUACAAGGUUGGAUUGUUCUUACAGGAACUAACAAGUGUGCUCUUUGCACCACUUGUCCUUUGCUUCUCACUUCCUAAAAGUGCCGAACAGAUCAUCGAUUUCUUUAGAGAAUUUACGGUUCAUGUCAAUGGACUUGGUUAUGUUUGCAGUUUUGCGCAGUUUGAUUUUGAAAAGCAUGGCAAUCCGAGAUAUGGGGUCGAAGGCGUGCUCGUAGAGGAUGAGUAUUAUUUAAGCAACGAAGGCAAGAUGGAAAAGAGUUUUCUCAAUUUUAAGGCUAAUCAUCCUCAUUGGAUACCAAAUGAUAUGGCUGGUUCGCUUUACCUAUCAAGACUAGAAAGAUUUAAAAAUCAGAAGAGACAAAAUGACAUUACAAAAGAUGAACCAUCUCCGAUAAGAUUGAAUAAGUAUGGUAUUCCAAGCAAUUUAGGUGAUUCAUUUGAGCCUAGUACACCUCCUUUCCAGAGUCAACAACAUCAUGAAGAAGAAGAAGAGGAAGAAGAAGAAGAAUCUACCAAGAAGAACGUUGUGGGUCUCUUGAAUCAAUUCUAUGACUUGAACAAUCGUCCCUAA